AUGAAUUGGACAGGAGGCCAGUUACGCCGACAUUCGGCACGAGGCAUUUUAUCCAAAGCUCAGCGCCAGAACUUUGCCAAGUCUCGACAACAGGCCAUCAACGGAGUACCCGCUCAACCACUCUCAUUUAACGGGUUUCAAGAUGGCUCUUGCAAAGAUGAUCUUAACACCAGAGAAGUAGGAGAGGUAGCUCAGACCAUCGAGUCACCUGGACCUCAUUCUGUCAAAGGCCUACCCAAUACUAAACUGGCUAUCUUGAAGCGUCGACUCCUGCAACAACCAGACUGGGCCGCUGUAUCUGCGGCCCGUCCAUUGAAAAUCUCAUUCCCUUCUGUCGAGGAGGUGGGACGAGUUGGAAAGCGACGGAAAUUGACUGAUCUUGACCGAAAGCGUAUGUCGUCCCAUAGGAAUCCGACUUUGCCUGGACUGUUCAAGUCUCGAAAAAGAGGCACUCCAUCUGUUGAACAAGACCUCAGCUUGAGUCAUGUCAAGAUACACAUUGAUGGCCACCUUGCCGGCUCGCCCACAGAUAAUACCCAAGCAGCCGCUAACCACCCAUCUUCAUUUUCAAUGCUUUUGGACAACAAUGAGCCCACAGAAAUUCUUCAACCAAAUCGCCAAGAAUCUUCGCCAAUCCUCCCAAGGAAAGUUGCUUCCGGUCGCAUUUCCUUGCAACCACGCCACAGCCGUGCGCUACCCCGUUUUAAAGAACUAGAGAUCUUAGCCAAGACUCAGGUGGCGGAACACCCCGAUCCCGCCGGCUACAACUUUCCGCAUGAUAUUUCCGCAAAGGUUCAUCCUGCCCAAAACUCGCCCUGUCACUCCCGGUCAGAAACAGAUCAAAGCACAUCCCUAGGAAGUUUUCCUGUGGAUGCAUUUGGAUCGCCUUUACCAAGGCGUCGAUUUACCAUUGAUGAUCAACUGAUUGCAGAACAAACGUUAUUCAAAUCGCAUCAGGCUCCCAACAGCGGCUUGGGCCUUGAAUCUUCUUAUGGCCUUCGAAGAACGGCCUCUUCUUCCCCCGUAUUGACUAUGGCGGGUGCCCCUUUUGACCCUUUGGUCUCCAGCUGGCUUCCGCAGCCGCAACGAAGCUUACAUCCCAGUAGCCCACUUAAUACUCGCAGCUCUUUCAAUGAUCGCUUGAAUAUGCCCCAAUUCGCCGUUGAUGAUAUGCCUUGCUUGAAUAUCUCCAAUGCACCCCUGAAGGUCGCAGAAAACCCCUUCAGUCCCGUGCCAGUAAAAAUAUUCGGUCAGGUUGUUCAAUUGCAGGAUUAG